AUGGCUGGGCGUCGGGCGGCUCGGCGGAAGCAGCGGCAGCGUAUGAGUGCUGCAGCAGGUCGUUUAUCUGCGAGCACCAGCAGCAGCAGCAGCAGCAGCAGCAGCAGCAGCAGUUCCUCAGCAGCAGCAACAGCUGAGGGCCCCUCAAGCAUUGUGGUUCGUCGGGGGCGUGUAUCCCCCCCAUGCAGGCAGCUGGUUAUGAAUUUCUCCUUGAUAAGCGAUGUCCAGCGAGAGGUUGCUGGCGCGCGGAUGGACCCAAAGGACCUCCGCAAGCCCCCUCUCCUUGUCUUAAGCAGCAGCAGCAGCAGCAGCAGCAGCAGCAGCAGCAGCAGCAGCAGCAGCAGUGGUAGCAAGGGUGCUGAGGCUGAACGACUUUCGUCGCGUUGCAUUUUUCCGUUCUGUCUCUGA